UGUUGAAGCUAAAAUAACUAGUCGUUCUGUGUAUACACAUUUACAUGGUUGUGGAUAUUAUUUACCAAAGAUAAUGUCAAUACAAAGAUUGUAUGCUUGUGUGUUUGGUCCAACCAUAUCACGGAUUCACCGAUCAAAUGAUGCAAGCAGAAGGGCAUAUAACUAUGAACCAAAUGGAUUUGAAGAAAAAAGCCAAAGAAUUCUAAACUUUUUGCUGACAACAAAAUCCUUGUUGUAUUACACAACUCCUAUAUGGCUUGUCUUCCUUUACAGAAGAGGUUUUACAAUAAAUUUUAAUUUAAGUUAUUGCUGUCUAGAAACUUUGAGUAGUUACACCAAGUUUGGAGUUUGUGCUUCAGCAUUUGUCGUUACUUUACUUUUAACAAGAGGUUAUGGACGAAGCACAAAUAGCGAUUACAAUGAGUUUCUUACGGCUUUAGCAAGUACAAAAAAGAACGCAAAGAACAAAGAUAAAAAGAAAGAGAUACUCCGAUAUGACUUUGACUUUUCACACUGGCCGCAUGAUUUUCGUUGGGAUCAAGUUGAAAAUGUCAAAUCUUGGCCCAAACGUCAAUCUCUAUGGCAAAGAAUAAGAUCUCAGCAUGAUAAUGUAGUUUCUACUGUACUGGUUGGAAUACCUGAAGAAAUAAUUGCUUAUAUUAUCUCUCAUACAUUUGGUGUGAGACUUGCUUACCCUGGAUCUACCAUGUUACUACAAGCAGCAUAUGGAUCAGCUUUGCAAGUUAAUCGAGCAAAACUUGUUGAAGAGAAUGAUGGAAUUCGUGGCAAAUUAUUGGCACGAGAUGGGAACAGUAUUGAUACAAUGUUUGUUGACAGGAGAGGAAGAAACCAUGAGAAUAGAUACGACCGUGACACGGGAGUAGACAACCCUACCCAACAUGGUAACACCAUCGUUAUAUGUUGUGAGGGAAAUGCUGGAUUCUAUGAAGUUGGUUGCAUGUGUACACCACUGCAAGCAGGAUAUUCUGUCAUAGGAUGGAACCAUCCAGGUUUUGCUGGAAGCACGGGUAUGCCAUUUCCUGAAGCUGAAGAGAAUGCAGUUGACGUUGUGUUUCAAUAUGUGAUACAUGAACUUGAGUUCCAACCAGAAAAUAUCAUUGUUUUUGCCUGGUCAAUUGGUGGUUUUUCUGCUAUAUCAGCUGCAUUGCGUUAUCCAAAUAUAAAGGGUUUGUUUUUGGAUGCAACGUUUUAUGAUGUUUUGCCAUUCGCUAAAAAGAUGAUGCCAGAAUUGUUAGAACCCAUUGUGACAUACACUGUAAGAAACUAUCUGAAUCUUAAUAACAGUGAAUGUUUACAACAAUAUAAAGGACCUGUGUCUAUUGUAAGAAGAACACAAGAUGAGGUUAUGAACUUGGAUGGUCAACACAACUUUAGAAGUAACUUGGGAAAUAUGUUAAUUGAGGAAAUGUUAAAAUCAAGAUUUCCAAAGUUGUUUGUUGAUGAGUUAGGAGAAAAAUCUGAUGAGCAAACCCGAACUUUGUGGUCAUGGUUGAGUGCUGUGGAUUCAUUUAACAGAGAUGAAGUUCUUAAUGGUUGGUGUUACAAUGCAAAGCAAUGUGAACAAUUAAUACGGAGCCAUCUUACCCUAAACCCAUCGUGUGAAUAUCCAUUAAAUAUUGGGGAGGAUUUAACUUCAGUUAAAAAAACUCAACUAGUCUUAUAUUUGGUAACAAAAAUGACCCGAAACUUGCCAUCCAGCCACUGCACCCCAUUACCCCACUCUUACUUUUGCCAACCUUGGAGUAUUCACUCAGUUAUUAACCAAUCUGAGAGUGACAGUGGAGAUUCCGACUUUGAACUCAUCAACUCAUAAUUAAAAUAUAAUCCAACAUGCAGGCAUCCUGGGACAUAGGCGUAACGAUAAG